CUUUCAAUUUUUUAUUUUAUAUUAUUAUAAUGCCUGUUUCUCUUAAUGAGAAAAGUGAUAAAUAUAUAUUCUAUUUUUGAAAUUGUUGACAUGUGAUUUACAAGGCUUAGCAGAUUUAGAGCAAUUAAAUCAAGAUGGGAUUAUUUAAAAAAAAAGUUAUUCAUGAAAGAACACAAAAAGAGAAAUAGGUAUAUAUGUUCCUAGUGGAACAGGUGUUCAAGAGGAGAAAGUGAGCACAUUUGAUUAUUAUGAUGCAAUGAUGUUUUUAGAUUGUCACGUCAGGCACAACAGAACGUUUAGUAAUUUUGAGUUGCCUUCGAACAACAUUUUCGCUUCCAACAACUGGUCGGAAAUUGAAGUGGAAGAGGAAAAUGAGGAGGAACAAGUUUUAGAAAAGUCUAAUAAUGAUUAUAUUGAAAAAGAAAAUGAUGACAUUGGAGAAGAAAUUCUACAAUGUGGCAAAUUCAUUAAUAAAAUGUUAAAUAAUAUUAUCGAAAAGCAAAAAAAAAUGUGUUCAAACAAUCUGUUCGGUUAUGAAGAAAUAAUGUUAGAAGCGUUUAGGCGCCUACCAAAGGAGAAAAAGUUGGAGAAAUUUAAUAAAAUAAUGAACAUCAUAGAAAAUUAAGGACAAUAGUAACAACUUGCAAAAUGUAUCCAAUAUUUUAGUAUUAAAUGUAACUCAUUUCUAUUUU